AUGGGGGCAGGACGACAGGUCAGACUCCUGCUGUGGAAGAACUGGACGGUUCGCAGGAGGCAGAGGGUCCGUUUCUUCAUGGAGAUCAUGUGGCCUGUCAUGCUGUUCAUGGGACUGGUGUGGCUGAGGAGAGUGAACCCGCUCUACCGUCAGCAUGAAUGUCACUUCCCCAACAAGGCCAUGCCCUCAGCUGGUGUCCUGCCAUGGAUCCAGGGAAUCUUCUGCAAUGCCAACAACCCUUGUUUUCAAUACCCCACCCGUGGUGAAUCUCCUGGCCUGGUGUCCAACUACAACAACUCCAUACUGGCUCAGUUCUAUUCGGACGCUCAAGAGCUUCUUUUAAGUGACCCAGAGUUUCUCCAGCUGGGUCGCCUCUGGAGGGAAAUGACUUCCAUGAGUAACUUCAUGGACACUCUGCGCACUCAUCCCGAACAGGUCUCAGGCCGAGGAGUAAAGGUGGAGACGAUCCUAAAGGACGAUGAGACCCUGACGUCAUUCCUGCUGAGAGACAUUCCUCUGACAGAGUCUGUGGUGUAUCAUCUAGUUAAUGCCCAAAUCAGGCCUGAACAGUUUGCUUUUGGAGUCCCAGAGUUGCAUUUAAAAGACAUCGCCUGCAGCCUGAACCUUCUGGAGCGAUUCCUCAUUUUCCCCAGCCGCCGAGGACUCUACGCCGUUCGCAACGCCAUGUGCAUCCUCACCCCACAGCGGCUGCAGAUCAUCGAGGACAAAUUCUACGCCAACGUCGACUUCUUCAAAGUCUUCCGGCUGCUUCCUCUUGUUCUGGACAAUCACUCUGAAGGCAUUGACAUUAACUUCUGGGUACGUGUUGUCUCUGCCGCUUCGGACAAACUCCAAGAGUUUUUCCAGCGGAGAAGCUCCAGGGAGUUUAUCCAGGUCAUGACUCCUCUCUUCCAGAACAAUCUGUCCUUCAGGCAGGUGAUGGCUGCUGCCUCCAGCCUGGUGUGUGGCUACACCGAGGGGGCUUUCUCCAGAGUCACCUCCUUCAACUGGUACGAGGACAACAACUACAAAGCCUUCCUGGGUAUCAGCAGUGGCUGGGCGCAGAGCCACUACACAUAUGACAACAGCACCACUCCUUUCUGCAACGAUCUGAUGAAAGAGCUGGAGUCCAACCCCGUCACCAGGAUCGUCUGGAACUCCGUCAAGCCAAUGUUGAUGGGACGGAUCCUCUACGCUCCUGACUCACCAGCUGUCAGGAAGAUCAUACGAAAU